GUCUCUAUCGUACAAGGCCUCUACGAAAGCCAACCGGAUCACAAUCCCAUUCAUCGCCCACAGCACGUUUCGUCAGGAGAUCCUUUCUCUCUUUUCCUCUUUCCACCGUGAAAAAGAACAGAGAAAGAGAGAGAGAGAGAGAGAGAGAGAAAAUUCCAAAAGCCUCUUAGAUUCUCAGAAUCGCUUCGUUUCAAAUUUUUGGCGCCAAAUCCAUGAAGAUUGAGAGCUUUGGGCCGGAUAUGUGUACCGCGAUCGAAGACUCGCCGUCGUUGACCGUCGGGAACUCUACGGCGGUGAAGUCUCCGCAGAUUGCUGGCGACGAUGCCGAACGGGACGGGGAGGAGUUGCUGGUUCCGCCGCUGAACUUCGCGAUGGUCGAUAAUGGCGUAUUCAGGUCCGGUUUCCCCGAUUCCGCUAACUUCGGCUUCUUGAAAUCCCUAGAGCUCCGUUCCAUUAUAUGUUUGUGCCCGGAGCCCUAUCCGGAGGCGAACAACAUUUUUUUGAAGGCUAAUGGGAUUAAGCUUUUCCAGUUCGGGAUCGAUGGCUGUAAGGAGCCUUUUGUAAACAUUCCAGAGGAAACAAUCCGGGAAGCACUGAAAGUUCUCCUUGAUGUGAGGAACCACCCACUUCUAAUUCAUUGCAAACGAGGGAAGCACCGCACUGGUUGUCUGGUGGGAUGCUUUAGAAGAUUGCAAAGAUGGUGCCUGUCUUCAGUUUUCGAUGAGUACCAGAGGUUUGCUGCUGCUAAGGCCAGAGUGACAGAUCAGAGGUUCAUAGAAUUGUUUGAUAUUUCGGGCUUGAAGCACAUGCCAAUAUCAUUUUCAUGUUUAAAGAGAUAGCCAAAUAGAAAGAAGAAAAGCAUGGAGAGUGCCCAUGCUUAAUAGAAAGCGAGGCAGUGGAUGUUGGAUAAUAUCAUUCCUUUUCUUUUUAUUUGAAUCCUCCCCUUGAUACCUUAGCUGGUGUCUUGCAUUGGUUUUCUUAUUAUAAUUGGAAGUCAUAAAUAUAGGCCUUCGCUUUUGUUUGUGUGCGAA